GGUUCCCGCCGCCCUGCCCCGCGGCCCGGAGCCUGUCGGGGUGAGGGUGGCGAGGGGUGGGGCGGCCCUCCCGCGAGACGGCUGCCCUGGGAGGAUCCCCAAGCCUCGGCGGGUCCUGACCUGGUGGGAAAGGGUGGGUAGUGAACACAGGGUGGGCCCAAGAAGGGUCCAGGGCCGGCCUCGUGGCCGCAGGUAACCCCUCUGCAAGUCACCCGGAGACUUGGAGGUGACGUCCUCCCGCAGGCUGGGAAGGAUUCCGCAGCCAGUUCCUCGCCAUAAGGAGGUGGUUACAGACACGCCUGUGGGAGACAUGGGACCACUACCCGAGCUGAAUGAGGUGCCCAGGGUCGGUGGGAAUCCACAUGGACUGCUGUGUCUAGGAGAGUGUGUACACUCUAUAUAGAGAGAAUAUUUGAUGAGGCCGAGAACCCCAAAGGAAUUGUUUUUGCCAUCGAAAUGCGUAAGCUACAGGAAGUAAACAUCGCUCAAAGAAAAUGAAACCCAGGUUCCGACCUGGCCUCCACCAGCAGGAAAACUGUUGUAUGGAAAUGUACGCCAAGGAACUGUUUGUAAGGAUGAAAUGGAAAAUGAAAGCAUAGAAAAUUUUUGUUAUUUCCACUUUGACAUGUGUAUGAGGAGUAUUAGAAUCUGUGUUAUGAAGUGAUACCCAGAUGGCUUUGCAGUGACAGAAAACACUUCUAAUUUUUCAAAUAAGUUAGAAAAGAGGAUUUUGAGAAUCUGGAAGUGAAUGCCGUGGAACUGUGGAGAAACUCCUAACAAUACUGGCAUGCUGAGUUUGUCACCUACACAGCAGAAAGCAUUUUACAGAUGUGGCUUUGAUAGCUGGUGGUGCCACUUCCUGGCCUUGGAUGAGCUGUACGCCUCUGUAAACCCAACUUCCUCACCUUUGAAACAGCUGCCUGGUUCAGCGUUAAUGAAGAUUAGUCAGUGACAGGCCUGGUGUGCUGAGUCCGCACAUAGAAAUUCUGCAAUGUCCCAUCAACCUCUCAGCUGCCUCACUGAAAAGGAGGACAGCCCCAGUGAAAGCACAGGAAAUGGACCCCCCCACCUGGCCCACCCAAACCUGGACACGUUCACCCCGGAGGAGCUGCUGCAGCAGAUGAAAGAGCUCCUGACCGAGAACCACCAGCUGAAAGAAGCCAUGAAGCUAAAUAAUCAAGCCAUGAAAGGGAGAUUUGAGGAGCUUUCGGCCUGGACGGAGAAACAGAAGGAAGAACGCCAGUUUUUUGAGAUACAGAGCAAAGAAGCGAAAGAGCGUCUAAUGGCCUUGAGUCAUGAGAAUGAGAAAUUGAAGGAAGAGCUUGGAAAACUAAAAGGGAAAUCAGAAAGGUCCUCUGAGGACCCCACUGAUGACUCCAGGCUUCCCAGGGCAGAAGCGGAGCAGGAAAAGGACCAGCUCAGGACCCAGGUGGUGAGGCUACAAGCAGAGAAGGCAGACCUGUUGGGCAUCGUGUCUGAACUGCAGCUCAAGCUGAACUCCAGCGGCUCCUCAGAAGAUUCCUUUGUUGAAAUUAGGAUGGCUGAAGGAGAAGCAGAAGGGUCAGUAAAAGAAAUCAAGCAUAGUCCUGGGCCCACGAGAACAGUCUCCACUGGCACGAGCAGAUCUGCAGAGGGGGCCAAGAAUUACUUGGAACAUGAGGAGUUAACUGUGCGCCAGCUCCUGCUGUGCCUAAGGGAAGGGAAUCAGAAGGUGGAGAGACUUGAAGUUGCACUCAAGGAGGCCAAAGAAAGAGUUUCAGAUUUUGAAAAGAAAACAAGUAAUCGUUCUGAGAUUGAAACCCAGACAGAGGGGAGCACAGAGAAAGAGAAUGAUGAAGAGAAAGGCCCGGAGACUGUUGGAAGCGAAGUGGAAGCACUGAACCUCCAGGUGACAUCUCUGUUUAAGGAGCUUCAAGAGGCUCAUACAAAACUCAGCGAAGCUGAGCUAAUGAAGAAGAGACUUCAAGAAAAGUGUCAGGCCCUUGAAAGGAAAAAUUCUGCAAUUCCAUCAGAGUUUAAUGAAAAGCAAGAGCUUGUUUAUACUAACAAAAAGUUAGAGCUACAAGUGGAAAGCAUGCUAUCAGAAAUCAAAAUGGAACAGGCUAAAACAGAGGAUGAAAAGUCCAAAUUAACUGUGCUACAGAUGACACACAACAAGCUUCUUCAAGAACAUAAUCAUGCAUUGAAAACAAUUGAGGAACUAACAAGAAAAGAGUCAGAAAAAGUGGACAGGGCAGUGCUGAAGGAACUGAGUGAAAAACUGGAACUGGCAGAGAAGGCUCUGGCUUCCAAACAGCUGCAAAUGGAUGAAAUGAAGCAAACCAUUGCCAAGCAGGAGGAGGACCUGGAAACCAUGACCAUCCUCAGGGCUCAGAUGGAAGUUUACUGUUCUGAUUUUCAUGCUGAAAGAGCAGCGAGAGAGAAAAUUCAUGAGGAAAAGGAGCAACUGGCAUUGCAGCUGGCAGUUCUGCUGAAAGAGAAUGAUGCUUUCGAAGACGGAGGCAGCAGGCAGUCCUUGAUGGAGAUGCAGAGUCGUCAUGGGGCGAGAACAAGUGACUCUGACCAGCAGGCUUACCUUGUUCAAAGAGGAGCUGAGGACAGGGACUGGCGGCAACAGCGGAAUAUUCCGAUUCAUUCCUGCCCCAAGUGUGGAGAGGUUCUGCCUGACAUAGACACGUUACAGAUUCACGUGAUGGAUUGCAUCAUUUAAGUGUUGAUGUAUCACCUCCCCAAAACUGUUGGUAAAUGUCAGAUUUUUUCCUCCAA